AUGGGUGUGAAGCCGGUUUCCUUCGUUACGAAUAUGACAAUGUCCUCUUAUAGUACUUUGCCGUCACUCCAGGAACAGGCGACAAUGAUGGACACGACAGUGUUACAUGCAGCCUAUGGUAUGGCAUGGCUUGAACAAGCCGCUCCACCGUUCACGACCGGCGACUAUGCUCUUAUGCCAUUCUCUCCCGAAAAUACGACUUCACACUAUCGACCGAACGAAAACCUCACCGCCGUUACGGACAUGUACACUGUCGAAGUGGACUGCUGGCAAGCUGCCAUGUCCAAGCUUGCACCGCGGAACUCCUACAUGUUGGACAAUGGUCAUGGCUGCGCUGUCAAUGUCAGCUUAUUCCAGACGAACCCAUUCCAAAACGACACAUCACUUAUUCUCUACGUUGGCUACUAUGAGAGCGCAAUUCUUGACUACUACCUCGAAGGUCCGCAUUGCAGUACAAACUCAACUAACCAAUUCCUUACUUUCUACGCGUAUCGAUCCAAGGACGAGCAAGGGAUGAACUACGAGACGAACAUUACGGCUUCAUUCUGCGAGGCAUCAUUUUACAAACAACCUGUGACGGCGACUGUAUCUGCAGAAUCAGGUCGUCCGCUGAACGACUCGGUUGUUGCAGCUGGGCCGAAGGAAAGACUCAGUGAGAAUGAGUUCAAUUCAACGGCAUUUGGAUACAUCACAAGCGUUGGAAUGCCUCCUAUUACUCCUACGCGGGACUAUCCAGCCGCAACGACGUUUGAACCAUGGGGUAGCCUCUCUGGAGAGAACAUCGCCGGGCCGACAAUGCCCAUGGUUAAUCUUGCAUUGGGACUUUCAGAUGAUCCUGCAAUAGAGUUUCAGCACGCCGCGGUUAUGGAACGUGCGUUUACCACGGCCUAUAAAACCAUUUUUUCCGCCGCCAUUUCCCAGCUUACCUCAAAAGCUCGAGACCCUCAGCAAAUGACCGGGAAAACUACUUAUGCCUUGUACGGCGUUGUGGUUAGCAGAACGAUAUCGGCUAUUGUCGAGGGUCUUCUAGUUUUGCUUGUCUUCCUAAUGGGGGGCACUCUGUAUACCUCUGUGCGGACGAAAAGCAAAUUGGUUUCGGAUCCAGCGACCAUCGGCUUUGCAUUAAGAUCCGUCAAAACCAGUCGGGCAGUGCGUAAUCGGCUAGCAAUGGAAGACUGUUCAGACGCUGCAACCCUCCAGAGAAGCCUGGUAGCAGAACGGUUCUUCCUCGAGCAAGGGAUUACUGGAAACUCCCUGGAGAUGGAGAGCAAAUCCCACGAGACUAGCACCUUUGAGGGUCGCAGAAGGAGUAUUGAAUACACUCCGGUUAGACCCAAAGAGUUGAGUCCAUUGACUGGAUGUUUACUUGUCUGUUUGUUGCUUUCUGGAGCUGGUGUUCUGAUUUACUUCAAGAAAAAGGAGCAAAGCUUGGGCGGUUUACCACGACCAAGCGAAAACUUUGAAGUUUUACAGUUGUUGGAAAACUACAUCCCAACAAUUCUCACAACACUGUUGGAGCCCUUUCUUGUGCUCCUUACUAGGUUGUUCUGCAUUCUGCAACCGUUCAACGCUCUACGCAAUGGGAAAUGCAACCCAGAGCGUACAUUGGAAGCCAAGUACACAUCGUUGCCACCACAGCUUGUGUUGUGGCGAGCUAUACGAUCCCGACAUUUCUUACUCACAAUUCUCUGCGUGAUGGCUCUCCUUGUCAACGUCCUCACAGUUGCGCUUGGUGGCACUUUCAACGAAUUACCCGUCAAGAUCCAGUAUCCUACAACAUUCAGCCAGGUUCGAGCACCCGAACUCAGUCGCGAUACAAUCCUGAAUACAACAUAUAUGUAUAACAGGGUGUAUCAAGACCAUUACUACGCAGCAUCAACCAACUUCUCUCACAAUACAACUCUUCCGCCAUGGGUGACAACAAAGUACACAUUCCUCCCGGUUGAAGAAAAAGAAACCGUUCAGCAGGCUGGCUCCUCGAAUCUCUUCAGAUCCACACUACGAGGGUUUGGAGCUGAGGCUAAAUGUGAACCACUGUCAACCUCGCUUUCAGACCCCAAAGCAUAUGCCAACGUCUCCGAGCUUCUGAAUGGAUUCCACACUGAUGGUAGUCCUGGCUCUACCUUCAAUUUCCUCCGGGAGAAUGGUACUUGGCAAUCCUGCUACCCCAUGGAGCUUAUUUGGGGAGCCAACGCGACAGGGUUGUCAGCGCGCGAAGUGGUUAGCCCUCUCAGUAUUGAAUACGGAAACAUUGGUAACAAAGCCUACGAGGAUCACUUCUGUGAGGACAGGUUUGUGGUUGGCUGGCUUCGGGUCAACUCGGAAGACCCGAAUAACACAUUCCGAUCGACCUUCUUACAAUGCCAGGCAGUUUUAAAGACAGCCAUGUUCGACGUCGACUUUGAUAAGGCUGGUCACAUUCUGGCAUAUACAAGGAACGGCGACUUUGAUGACAUUACACAGUUCAUGUCCUUGAAUAUGUCCCAAACCUUGGUGAGGCAGGCCAACAGGCUCACCAACGACAGCUCGAGACCGUUUAAUUACUUCGGCUGGCAUAACGUGAGUAUGGUUGUGGACUGGUGGAACUACCUCUUGAAGUCCUACCUACAAAGCUCGGACUUGGUUGACCCUACUCUGGACGUCCCGAAGCCCGAGUAUGCUGCUCCUGCUGUGGAGGAACUGUACCAGAGGCUGUUUGCGAUCCUGCUUGGACAGAAUUUCGACAUGUUUAAAGAAGCAAGCGAGAAAACGGACGUACCCGGUGUGGUAAUCGUUACCGAGACACGCAUUUUCUUGGACGAUACUGCAUUCAUGUUGAGUGUCGUGAUCCUCUGCUUGAACGCGGCUGUGCUGGUAUGGUUCUAUGCUGCACAGAGCGAAGCAUAUCUUCCUCGGUUACCAUCCACGUUGGGAUCUCUGCUUGCAUAUACGGCCGCCAGCCGCGCGGUCACUGAAUAUGGGAAUGGCAAUGACAGCGAUAAGGAAAGCGGGCACAGGAAAGCAUUACCGGGGACAUUUUCCUUCGGAAGAUAUCUUGGUGUCGAUGGGAAUGUCCAUGUGGGCAUUGAGAUGGACCCGUUUGUAACACCGAUUGAUGGGACCAUGCUAAGACGCAGAUCUACUGCGAGGUCAUGGUUUCAGAAGAAAGUGGGAAAAUCGCCGAGCCAGGUUUCCUUUAUUUGA